AUGAACAGUAAUGUUAAAAAGUUGGACUUGCUUCUCCUAAACAGGAGAUUUUUAUCUUUGUUUGAGAACGAUCACUUUGAUAGUUUGAAUAUGAAAGCUAAAGAUCAACUGAUGCUUGCUAUGAUUAGGCAGUUCUUGAAAUCAACAAACACAGCCCUUCCUAGAUUCUUGGCUACGAUCAAACCUGCUCAGCCUGUCACGUACUGCCCCGCUUGUAAAACAGAAAUACCGUACGAGAACCACGAGGAAGGGACCUGCAGAAACGGCCACAGUUUUGAGAGGUGUUGUCAAACUCUGCUGCUAACGUGUGACAUUCCAUACAGAUGCUGUCUGAUGUGCAACAGAAAGUUCGUCAAUUACGACGAUGAUGAUGGAGUGAUGUGCCAUUUUCAAAGUGACAAAUGUCCGAUGUGUGGUGGCAAAAUCAAGCCAAAAGAUGGAUUCCAAUGA